AUGCAUGUAUUGAAUUCGUUUCUCUUGCUCUUCUUCUGCACGCUCCUUCCUCUCGUCUCUGCGGUCCCUGCUGGAUCCAGCAUUACUCCACCGCCGCCCCUCCAGCCCGUGCAGCUGUCGGGCCAGCCAUCUGACCCACGCCGGCCAUGGACCCGACUGCGCGACUGGCUGGUGGAAUCCGUCUGGGGCAUCAAACAGACCUGUCCGAAAAAUGCACCGCCGCCGUCUAACAUUCAUUCCCGCUACGGUAGUGAUGUCGUCCUCCGAUUUCACUUGCGCCAGGCAGACGAGGCAGAGGCACUUGCCGAGGCAUCUCAGGUUCUCUUGUUGGACGUCUGGGCCAUAACGUCGGAAUUUGUGGACAUUCGACUGGCCGAGGAAAUGAUCCCCUCUUUGCUCGAGCUGCUGCCGCGCUCUCUUCGUUCCGCCUACCACCCCCUCAUGGACGAUCUGGCAGAUAUGAUCUACGCUACAUACCCUUCAAACCCCCAUGCGGGACUCGACCUGGAGCAAGGAAUCAUUCAAGGAGGAAAACGAACGGCCGCGGUGGGGGACGUCUUCUUCGGGGAUUACCAACCGCUUUCCGUCAUUGUGCAAUGGAUGCGCCUGAUGGCGUCGAUGUUCUCAUCGCAUGCCCGUCUGACGAGCGUGGGAUUUUCCUACGAGGGGCGUGACAUUCCUGCCUUGCGACUUGGAGUGGCUCCCCAUGAUGAAUAUUCUAACCCACGCAAGACGAUCGUCAUUGUUGGCGGCACCCAUGCGCGGGAAUGGAUCAGCACCUCCACUGUCACCUACAUUGCGUACAAUAUGAUCACUCAAUAUCACGACUCCCCGGCAGUUACGCGACUUUUAAAUGAAUACGACUGGGUGUUAAUUCCCACGCUCAACCCGGAUGGCUAUGUCUACUCGUGGGAAUCAGAUCGUCUCUGGCGUAAGAAUCGCCAGCCCACAGGUCUGCCACUCUGCCCAGGCGUUGAUCUUGACCGUGCCUGGGACUAUGAAUGGGAUGGCGAGUCGACCCGCUCCAAUCCAUGCUCCGAGAACUACGCGGGCGCGGAACCAUUUGAAGCACUGGAGUCCCAGCGUCUGGCGCAGUGGGCCCGGAACGAGACAGACAGCGGCCGUGCUGAUAUUGUUGGAUUCCUGGACCUGCACUCCUACUCUCAGCAGAUUCUCUACCCCUACUCAUACACCUGCUCGUCCAUUCCCCCCACCCUGGAGAGUCUGCAAGAACUCGCACUAGGCCUGGCCAAGGCCAUCCGUCAAACAUCAAGAGAGUCAUACUCUGUUACCUCCGCCUGUGAGGGCAUUCUUCGCUCAGACACAACGUCGGGUGUGAGUUCUGGCGGCAGCGCCCUCGACUGGUUCUAUCACCAGUUGCACGCCACCUACUCGUACCAGAUCAAGUUACGCGAUCGUGGCAGCUAUGGCUUUCUCCUGCCGUCGGAGUACAUUGUCCCCACGGGCAAAGAGAUUUUCAAUGCUGUUCUGACGUUUGGCAAGUUUGUCUGGGGUGAUGAGGCUUCGCCUCCAGAUCCUGGGUAUGGCACAGCAGAGCAGAAGCCUCUGGGCUGA